AGCCCAUUUGAAGGAGGGAGGCGGCAGGCCCUGGGAGGAGGCAGCGGACUUACCUCACAUCCACUUGUGCCUCUGGCGAGCUCAGGGGCCUGCCUGGAGGGAGGGGGUGUCCCCGAGCACAGGUAGGAGCCACAGCUGGCCCUCCCCCAAAGGAGACCUCCGGAGGGAGGCGCCAUGGUGGAGAGGCUGUGAAGGUCACAGCGGCGGCCCAGGGGUCCUGCUACCUGGUGGGGCGGACCUUGGCGGAUGUCUUCCAUGAAGAUGGUCAACUGCUAGGCGAGCCCAGGGGGUCCGCGCUGUGCCCCCACUGGUUGUCCUGUCCCAGUGCCUUUCUGCUGCCAUCAGAGCACGCUUGCCAACCCCGUCUAAGCAGAAGACCAAGGUCGGACGCAGCCCGCUGGGGUCCCGGGGGGUGUACCUGUCUCCUGCCGGCCCCCCAGGCAGAAGAGAAGCCGUCUCAGGAGAAGCUCACCCAGGAAGUUUCAGACAUCUUUCUGGACAGGGAGCUCCCCAAGGGUCCCCAAGGAGACGAGGGCGGGUCCACCAUGGGCCUGCUGAGGGGUCUGCUCGGAGCCCGCAACCUGCUGCUGGUUAUCCUGGUCCCGCUGCUGCUGCUGCCGCUGCCCACCCUGCACCCCAGCAGUGAGGCUUCGUGUGCCUAUGUGCUCAUCGUCACGGCCGUGUACUGGGUGUCCGAGGCCGUGCCGCUCGGAGCUGCAGCCCUGGUGCCUGCCUUCCUCUACCCGUUCUUCGGAGUUCUCCGGGCCAGCGAGUGGAACCUGCACAAGCGCAUCGCAUUGCGCAUGGUCAUCAUGGCCGGAGCCAAGCCAGGCAUGCUGCUGCUCUGCUUCAUGUGCUGCACCACGCUGCUGUCCAUGUGGCUGUCCAACACGUCCACCACGGCCAUGGUGAUGCCCAUCGUGGAGGCCGUGCUGCAGGAGCUGGUCAGUGCCGAGGAGGAGCAGCCUGGGACCUCCGGCAGCAGCCCCGAGGACGCCGAGCCCAUCAAUCCGGGUCUGGAUGGAAGCACGCCCCCGGCACCGCUAGAGCUCAUCUUCGUCAACGAAGAAACCCCCACGGCUGACUUCUCCCUGAUGCAGAAUAAGAACCUGAACGGUGUGUCCACCAUCGCCCGCCCCAGUCAAACAGCCAACGCCCCGGACAAGAAGCAGCUCUCAUUCCAGGAGAAGCCCCUGGUCCCGACCGGCAGCCCCAGGAGCCAGGAGCGGAGCAGGAAGUACAGAUCCCAGAAUGACCGGAUGGUCUGCAAGUGUCUGUCACUGGGCAUCUCCUACGCCGCCACCAUUGGGGGCCUGACCACCAUCAUCGGCACCUCCACCAGCCUCAUCUUCCUAGAGCACUUCAACAACCAGUACCCAGCCGCAGAGGUGGUCAACUUUGGCACAUGGUUCCUCUUCAGCUUCCCCAUCUCCCUCCUCAUGCUGGUGGUCAGCUGGUUCUGGAUGCAUUGGCUGUUCCUGGGCUGCAAUUUCAAAGAGACCUGCUCUCUGAGCAAGAAGAAGAAGACCAGAAGGGAAGAGCUGUCGGAGAGGAGGAUCCGGGCGGAGUACGAGAAGCUGGGCGACCUCAGCUACCCUGAGAUGGUGACUGGCUUCUUCUUCGUCCUGAUGACGGUGCUGUGGUUCACCAGGGAGCCCGGCUUUGUCCCCGGCUGGGACUCCUUCUUUGAGAAGAAAGGCUACCGCACGGACGCCACUGUCUCUGUCUUCCUCGGCUUCCUGCUCUUCCUGAUCCCCGCCCAGAAGCCGUGCUUUGGGAAGAAGGCUGGCGAUGAGGAUCCGCAGGAGCCCUGGAAGGGGUCGGAGCCCAUCAUCACGUGGAAGGACUUCCAGAAGACCAUGCCUUGGGAGAUUGUCAUCCUCGUGGGAGGCGGCUAUGCGCUGGCCUCAGGCAGCAAGAGCUCCGGCCUCUCCUCGUGGAUCGGGCACCAGAUGCUGUCCCUGAGCAGCCUCCCGCCAUGGGCCGUCACCCUGCUGGCCUGCAUCCUGGUGUCCAUUGUCACCGAGUUUGUGAGCAACCCGGCCACCAUCACCAUCUUCCUGCCCAUCCUGUGCAGUCUGUCCGAGACGCUGCACAUUAACCCGCUCUACACCCUCAUCCCGGUCACCAUGUGCAUCUCCUUUGCAGUGAUGCUGCCCGUAGGCAACCCUCCCAAUGCCAUUGUCUUCAGCUACGGGCACUGCCAGAUCAAAGACAUGGUCAAGGCUGGCCUGGGGAUCAACGUCAUUGGCCUGGUGAUCGUUAUGGUAGCCAUCAACACGUGGGGAGUGAGCCUCUUCGACCUGGACACCUUCCCAGCCUGGGCGAGCGUCGGCAACAUCACCGGCCAGCUCUAACAGGAGCGGGCGGCCUUGCUCAGCUGUGGAGCUGCCAGCACCCGCCCGGCAGAAUCUGAACCCCAGACCACAGAACCAGCAGGAGCCAAGCCCAUGCCGGGCCUGAGACACCCCGUCCAGGCCCCCAGGCAGAAGACAAGCCACCUCCACCCCGAGUGACGGGCAGGGGCCCUCCUGCACCACGCUCCCCGGGGACAUCAGUGUCUUCUUCCCUGACCUGCUCCUUGUCACCACCUCACGGGAAAACCUAGCCUCGCCCCCGCCUUUCUGUCCUGCCCCUCCACCGACUCUCUCAGCGGCCCUCCAAGGCUGGCAGGCCUCACAAAACCAAACCAAACCCAAACCAACCCUUGGCCGACUCCUGGCGAUGCCCCAUAAUAGGGUUCUACUGUCAUCUGGACAGAAGCCGACGGCCCAGUGAUGCAGGCUGGACUCGGAGCUCUGACUCUUGUUUACUUUUACUUUUACAGGCAGGUGGAAACCAUUGGCACCCCCUGGGGACCUGCAGGUCCCACCAGGCACUGGGAUGGUCAACACUGUUCUAGGGGUUAGAGGAGAAAUCCACAGCCCCCACUCCCCACCCCACCCCCCACCACACACACACCUGUGCACAGAGGACGCCUCUCUCGGCAGCUCUCUCCUGUGUCCAGCCUAAGUGCUCGCCGCAGGACACCAGGGCUCUAGUACGAUGGUUUGGACCCCGCUCUCGGCAUCUCCCUUCGGAUCGAAGGGUGGCGUUGUCCCAGUGAAGUGUCAGGAGGGAGGACAAACAUUCACACUGUAAAUAAGGCCACAGCAGUUAUUAUUUCUAUCAGACUUGAUCUCGAGAAGAUCAAGUCUGAACAAGUAUCUGCCUUCUUGUCACUAAAUCCCUUGAGGGGAGGGGGACGUAUGUCUCUCAGAGUCACAACGCAGUAAACCAGAAGUGCUUACUAGAUCCACUCAUGGGCCAAUCCCUCCCCCAAUCAAGGGCUCCUUAUUCCUUCUGAAGACCAAGCUGUUCUCCCCAUAGCCCUUGCUCCGUGGCGUGGCAACAGCUUGCUUGCUGAUUUCUACCUGUUACUUGUCAGCUACAUCAUGUGGGGGAAAGGGUCCCCCCUGGGCACUGUACUGUCUUAAUUGAUUUUAAGUUACUGCUGCUGCUUGUGUAGCUUUCCACAAUAAUUUAUCAAUAAAAUCACCCAGUUCUUCAGGA